UAUAUUUCCCUUGACCCAAAAACAUUGGCUAGCGUGCAUACCGCGUGUCUGCCCGCCGUUAUCAGCUCCGCCCCGUAUCAGGUAUCAAUGACUCCACUGAUAAGAGAUAGUGCUCUAAUUCACUUCACAAAAGGCGCUGCUGACACUAGUGCCAUUGUUUUGGUGAAAUUUGUUUUUAUUGCUGUUAAAUUAAUAAAAUAAAAAUUCGGAUUCAUAAUAGUGUUGUGUAAAAGUGACAAUACAAAUACCCAAAGUGAUGUGAAAGAAAAGUUCUUUAGAAUUCAGCCAUGAAUAGAAAUUGUUACAUUCUACUAAAUGUAUAAGUUCCUGGAAUUACCUACUGUUCAAUCAAAUGCUUUAGAUAAGAACAAGAUUAAUUGAAGUGAAGUAUAGAUUUUUUUUAGAAUUAAAUAACACUAAUUUGGAUUGAUUAAACAAAGUUGAAAUUAAAUGACUGACUGUUUACAUUUAAAAAUGUAACAUCAAAUGAAAAUGCGAUUUAAAAGUUUCAUAAAGACGUAAAAGUGGAAAAAUUAAAACGUGUGCUGAAGAAAGUGUCAGUGGCAAUGAGUUUGAACAAGAGGGCCUCAGGGGAGGGAGAUGGCACGAUGGGGCGGAGGAACGCGAGGGAGAGUGCGUGCUACUUCUGCAAUGAGAUGUUCGAGUUGGGACAGCUGCAGAGCCACUUGAAGCUAUGCGGUAGUAUCCUGGAGCAGUGCCCGCUGCGCUGCGGCGCGUGGAUACAGCGCAAGCACAAGGAGACACACGCCAAAGACUGCCCGCAGUACAGCAAGUCUCGAUCAUCCACCUCCCCUACACACGCGCGACAGACUGACCCUGUACCGCCGCCCCCAGUAUCGAACCACACCUGGUCUCCGAGGCAGUCGCCUCUCGACGACUGUGUCACUUAUUUGGAGAAGGAAGUCAGCAACAUUAAAAUGGUCCUCACAGAAGAAUCAUCCAGACGAGACGUGCAGUCCACUGAAAUCGACAACCUGCGCUCGAAGCUGAUCCUGGUGGAGGAGAAGAGCCAGCAUUUCCUGUCGACACUGGUUUCGCUGCGCGCCGCGGUCGACGACGAGGCAGAGCGCGCGGCCAACUGGGCGGCGCAGUUCAAGCACGACCUGGCCAACGUGCAGCUUGCUCUGCAGGAGCUGCAAAGCCAACAGCUGUCCACAGUGAUGCGGCUGGAGAGUGCGGUCAGCAGCCUGGUGCACGAGCAGCACGAGCGCGAGCUGCUGGAGCAGGCGCUGACGCAGCACGACAACAAGAUCCGCGCCGUCAACAACCUCGAGGAAGUAAUCGAGUACAUAAAGAGGACUGUGGAGGAGGAGCGCGAGCGGAACGCCGAGAACAGGGCCGCACUGGAGGCCGAGCUCAUGGAGGCAAGACGGUCUUCGCAGCAGCUCGCGCAGCUGUCCGCUGUCAGGAUGCAGCUGCAGAACGCAGCGAAUGAACCGGCUAUCGACCGGCUGUCCAUCUUGGAAGUGUCGACCGCGGACGCGCGUGCGCAAGCCGCCGAGCACGCCAGCCGGAUGGACGUCAUCUCGCGGGACCUGCGCGCGCUCACCAAGUCCUACCACAAGGUCCGGACCGAGUUGGCCGACUUUCAGGCCAGGGUCAACUUUGAGAACAGUGAGACUGGCAGCGAGAAUGGUCACCUCAUUUGGAGAAUAGACAACUUCUCAGCUCGGAUGAAAGAAGCAAAAGACAACGACACGGUCCUCAGCAGCCCUCUAUUCCGCACCAGCAAAUACGGAUACACUUUGAAGGCCGAGGUGAACCUGAACGGCAUCGGCAAGUGGAAGGGGCGGCACAUCACGUGCACGGUGCGGCUGGUGGGCGGGCCCUACGACGCGCUGCUGGAGUGGCCCUGCGACUUCGGCGUCAACAUCGUGCUCAAGGACCAGCCCGCUAACAGGAGCCAGGCAAUGGACAUCGUAAAAUCCCUGCAGCUACGGCGCAAGUCGUCCUCCAAGAGGCACGACUACGACUCAACUGAAGACCAGAACCAAACCCGGGCGGGUUCCACGGAGGCCCUGGACAAGUCCGUGCUUCAGCUCAAAAGGCAGUUCAUCUUUAUCCCGCACACCAGCCUCGACAAGUUUGACUACGUCAAGAAUGACGUCAUGUUCAUGGAGUUUAUUGUCAAUAUGUAGGCAGAUGAAUUCUGCGCCAUCUUGUGGUGGAUUUUAGGAACUAUCUUCGGAAAGCACUCGUGGAAGAAAUUAACACCAAAAUUACAGUUAUUUGCGCACGCAAGCGCAUGUCUAUUUUUAAGCGAUGUUGUUAGAUAACUAAAAAGUAUUUUUGCCAUAACAGAUUUCGAAUUUAUUAAUAUUGUAUGUCUCGAUAAUGAAUAUUGUUUUAUUGUUCUUGUUUUUUUAUUUUACCAAUAUUUUCUUUUGUAAUCGAACAGAAUUUAUCUAAUAAAUAUCUCCGAAAAUUAUUGUUUAUAGAUAUAAUUUAAUGAAAACAAUAUCAUUUUAAUCGUGUAUAGUACUAUGUGGAAUUUAGAUAAUGACAUUAAUGAGUUAAUAAUGUUUAAUUAUGUGAUGAAGUUAUAUGUGAAUAUGAUGGUAUUCUUAUUUUUACAACUACCAUGCACUUAAAAUUAUAAAUUAAUAAAUAAAACACUAAUUACAUAUCGUAUACAUAAUUUUAUUGUUUUAAACAUUCAUACAAUCGGAAGGACCCAUCGGAUGAGCUUUUUUAUACUUACUAGUACAAUUAUUAUUAUUAUAUACGUGAAUAUUCUACUUUAUGAUAUAUACGUAGUAUAUAAAUAAUACGAUACAGAUAAGUAGUAGAAAAUGUUUUUUCUUAAUAAAUCUUACUGAAAAAACAAGUCAUGGCACAAAAUAGCACUGCUAUAAAUAUAAACGUCAAAAAAUAAGUACGUAGUAGGAAUCAAGAUACUAUAUUAUGUUAUAUUGACUAUGAGUGUGUAUUUGAUCAAUUUUAUUUAAUGGGUAUAAAAUAGGAAAUCAAACGGUCCACCUGACAAACGGUUUUGCUGUUGAGUUGGACCUCAUGUUGUUUGAAUUCAUGUAGAGUCAAUCCAGAUAUAUAAAUUCGUAAAUACUAAUCAUAUAUAAAUGUUAUGUACUUCGGGAUAUCAAUAUAGUACAUGUAAUAUAACCAUAAAACUGUUCGAGUAAUAUGUAUAUUCCAGUAGUGUUUAAAUAGAGUAAAUGCGGUCUUAAAUUAUAAAGUUACUUUGACUUUGGGAUACAUUAUGCUUUUGUAGUCCUACAACGAGUAUAAAACACUAAAAUACAGGGUUAGUGAUAUUUC